AUGAUACCAAUGGGGAUUCCCGGUUUUCUUGGAUACUACAGGGGUCGUGGUGGAACCCGUGGUGGCAGACGAGGACAUCACACACGUCUACGACAACGAAGCAAGGCGCUGUACAUGCUCUACAAAACACUCUCGUCACGUCUAGACCUUUGCGGCAUAGUCAAGACGGCGAGUCUGGAUGUUGUUGAUCGCAAUAUCGCUGUCUCUAUCCCAUUUACAAGUGUGUUCCCCGGUGGCUUGCCAUUCACUUCGAACUUGGACAUGACCCUGCCCGAACCAACUGUUGCAGGCGCCUUGAUCCAACAAAUACACUCACUCAAGCGACUAAGUCUGCGACUUUACGAAGCCGCCCCCAACUCUUCCGAUGAACACGCUUAUUUCAUGCCCCAGUGCCUCCGUGCACUAUUUCCCAGAUUCUCUAGCCGAGACACACAUUGCGCGCCGUUUACAGGCUUGCAGAAGCUCAAGACUUUAGAUUGGAGUGGCCGAGAGUUCCUCUGGAUACUCGCAAAGUCACCAUACUUGCUUGAGCUUAGACUGUCGUCGAGUUGUCAGGUUCUGCCCGACAAAUCACCACACGAGACGAAGGAAAGCCUUCAGUUCCUCCGAUACGUCAGCCGCUCGUCUAUCUUUAGCCAUGGCGUCCACUACUCCGAAUAUCUGCAGCCAUUUCUCGCCCAUUUUACUUCACUCCAGCGUCUCGAAUUGAUCAUCGAUGACAGCAACGUGAACGAAGCCUCGGGACAAGAUAUCUCCUUCCAGAAAGAGGGUAUUCUUUCAAUUCUGCUCCAGAAAGCGUAA